AUGAAGUCCUCGCUCUUCCUUCCCUGUGUUUAUCUAACAUUGGUUAUGAUCAUAUCAGCUGCAGAUGACGAAGCACCUACUCUGAAUUGUUCAGAUAUCAAAUCCACGACGGAUUUGGGACUAAAUUCAUCGUCGGACGUUGAUAUCAUGCCAUAUGCAACUGACAAUGUUGAUACAGAUCCUAAUGUGACUUGUUCCCAUUCAUCUAAACAUGACUUCCUGAUCGGCAUCACAACUGUAACCUGCUCGUCUACAGAUAACGCUGAAAACACUGGCAAUUGCACUUUCUUAGUUAAAGUCACAGAUGACGAAGCACCAACUCUAGAUUGUUCAGAUAUCACUUCCACGACGGAUUUUGGACUAAAUUCAUCGUCGGACGUUGAUAUCAUGGCAUAUGCAACUGACAAUGUUGAUACAGAUCCUAAUGUGACCUGUUCCUAUUCAUCUGACCAUGAAUUCCUGAUCGGCAUCACAACUGUAACCUGCUCGUCUACAGAUAACGCUGAAAACACUGGCAAUUGCACUUUCUUAGUUACAGUUACAGAUGACGAAGCACCAACUCUGGAUUGUUCAGAUAUCACUUCCACGACGGAUUUGGGACUAAAUUCAUCGUCGGACGUUGAUAUCAUGCCAUAUGCAACUGACAAUGUUGAUACAGAUCCUAAUGUGACCUGUUCCCAUUCAUCUGACCAUGAAUUCCUGAUCGGCAUCACAACUGUAACCUGCUCGUCUACAGAUAACGCUGAAAACACUGGCAAUUGCACUUUCUUAGUUACAGUUACAGAUGACGAAGCACCAACUCUAGAUUGUUCAGAUAUCACUUCCACGACGGAUUUGGGACUAAAUUCAUCGUCGGACGUUGAUAUCAUGCCAUAUGCAACUGACAAUGUUGAUUCAGAUCCUAAUGUGACCUGUUCCCAUUCAUCUGACCAUGAAUUCCUGAUCGGCAUCACAACUGUAACCUGCUCGUCUACAGAUAACGCUGAAAACACUGGCAAUUGCACUUUCUUAGUUACAGUUACAGAUGACGAAGCACCUACUCUAAAUUGUUCAGAUAUCACUUCCACGACGGAUUUGGGACUAAAUUCAUCGUCGGACGUUGAUAUCAUGCCAUAUGCAACUGACAAUGUUGAUACAGAUCCUAAUGUGACCUGUUCCUAUUCAUCUGACCAUGAAUUCCUGAUCGGCAUCACAACUGUAACCUGCUCGUCUACAGAUAACGCUGAAAACACUGGCAAUUGCACUUUCUUAGUUACAGUUACAGAUGACGAAGCACCUACUCUGAAUUGUUCAGAUAUCACUUUCACGACGGAUUUUGGACUAAAUUCAUCGUCGGACGUUGAUAUCAUGCCAUAUGCAACUGACAAUGCUGAUGCAGAUCCCAAUGUUACUUGUUCCCAUUCAUCUAAACAUGAAUUCCUGAUCGGCAUCACAACUGUAACCUGCUCGUCUACAGAUAACGCUGAAAACACUGGCAAUUGCACUUUCUUAGUUACAGUCACAGAUGACGAAGCACCUACUCUGAAUUGUUCAGAUAUCACUUCCACGACGGAUUUUGGACUAAAUUCAUCGUCGGACGUUGAUAUCAUGCCAUAUGCAACUGACAAUGUUGAUACAGAUCCUGAUGUGACCUGUUCCCAUUUAUCUGACCAUGAAUUCCUGAUCGGCAUCACAACUGUAACCUGCUCGUCUACAGAUAACGCUGAAAACACUGGCAAUUGCACUUUCUUAUUUACAGUCACAGAUGACGAAGCACCUACUCUGAAUUGUUCAGAUAUCACUUUCACGACGGAUUUUGGACUAAAUUCAUCGUCGGACGUUGAUAUCAUGCCAUAUGCAACUGACAAUGCUGAUGCAGAUCCCAAUGUUACUUGUUCCCAUUCAUCUAAACAUGAAUUCCUGAUCGGCAUCACAACUGUAACCUGCUCGUCUACAGAUAACGCUGAAAACACUGGCAAUUGCACUUUCUUAGUUACAGUCACAGAUGACGAAGCACCUACUCUGAAUUGUUCAGAUAUCACUUCCACGACGGAUUUUGGACUAAAUUCAUCGUCGGACGUUGAUAUCAUGCCAUAUGCAACUGACAAUGUUGAUACAGAUCCUGAUGUGACCUGUUCCCAUUUAUCUGACCAUGAAUUCCUGAUCGGCAUCACAACUGUAACCUGCUCGUCUACAGAUAACGCUGAAAACACUGGCAAUUGCACUUUCUUAGUUACAGUCACAGAUGACGAAGCACCAACUCUAGAUUGUUCAGAUAUCACUUCCACGACGGAUUUUGGACUAAAUUCAUCGUCGGACGUUGAUAUCAUGCCAUAUGCGACUGACAAUGUUGAUACAGAUCCCAAUGUGACUUGUUCCCAUUCAUCUAAACAUGACUUCCUGAUCGGCAUCACAACUGUAAACUGCUCGUCUACAGAUAACGCUGAAAACACUGGCAAUUGCACUUUCUUAGUUACAGUCACAGAUGACGAAGCACCUACUCUAAAUUGUUCAGAUAUCACUUCCACGACGGAUUUGGGACUAAAUUCAUCGUCGGACGUUGAUAUCAUGCCAUAUGCAACUGACAAUGUUGAUACAGAUCCUAAUGUGACCUGUUCCUAUUCAUCUGACCAUGAAUUCCUGAUCGGCAUCACAACUGUAACCUGCUCGUCUACAGAUAACGCUGAAAACACUGGCAAUUGCACUUUCUUAGUUACAGUCACAGAUGACGAAGCACCUACUCUGAAUUGUUCAGAUAUCACUUCCACGACGGAUUUUGGACUAAAUUCAUCGUCGGACGUUGAUAUCAUGCCAUAUGCAACUGACAAUGUUGAUACAGAUCCUGAUGUGACCUGUUCCCAUUUAUCUGACCAUGAAUUCCUGAUCGGCAUCACAACUGUAACCUGCUCGUCUACAGAUAACGCUGAAAACACUGGCAAUUGCACUUUCUUAGUUACAGUCACAGAUGACGAAGCACCAACUCUAGAUUGUUCAGAUAUCACUUCCACGACGGAUUUUGGACUAAAUUCAUCGUCGGACGUUGAUAUCAUGCCAUAUGCGACUGACAAUGUUGAUACAGAUCCCAAUGUGACUUGUUCCCAUUCAUCUAAACAUGACUUCCUGAUCGGCAUCACAACUGUAAACUGCUCGUCUACAGAUAACGCUGAAAACACUGGCAAUUGCACUUUCUUAGUUACAGUCACAGAUGACGAAGCACCUACUCUAAAUUGUUCAGAUAUCACUUCCACGACGGAUUUGGGACUAAAUUCAUCGUCGGACGUUGAUAUCAUGCCAUAUGCAACUGACAAUGUUGAUACAGAUCCUAAUGUGACCUGUUCCUAUUCAUCUGACCAUGAAUUCCUGAUCGGCAUCACAACUGUAACCUGCUCGUCUACAGAUAACGCUGAAAACACUGGCAAUUGCACUUUCUUAGUUACAGUUACAGAUGACGAAGCACCUACUCUAAAUUGUUCAGAUAUCACUUCCACGACGGAUUUUGGACUAAAUUCAUCGUCGGACGUUGAUAUCAUGCCAUAUGCAACUGACAAUGUUGAUACAGAUCCUAAUGUGACCUGUUCCUAUUCAUCUGACCAUGAAUUCCUGAUCGGCAUCACAACUGUAACCUGCUCGUCUACAGAUAACGCUGAAAACACUGGCAAUUGCACUUUCUUAGUUACAGUUACAGAUGACGAAGCACCUACUCUGAAUUGUUCAGAUAUCACUUCCACGACGGAUUUGGGACUAAAUUCAUCGUCGGACGUUGAUAUCAUGCCAUAUGCAACUGACAAUGUUGAUACAGAUCCUGAUGUGACCUGUUCCCAUUUAUCUGACCAUGAAUUCCUGAUCGGCAUCACAACUGUAACCUGCUCGUCUACAGAUAACGCUGAAAACACUGGCAAUUGCACUUUCUUAGUUACAGUUACAGAUGACGAAGCACCUACUCUAAAUUGUUCAGAUAUCACUUCCACGACGGAUUUGGGACUAAAUUCAUCGUCGGACAUUGAUAUCAUGCCAUAUGCAACUGACAAUGUUGAUACAGAUCCCAAUGUGACUUGUUCCCAUUCAUCUAAACAUGACUUCCUGAUCGGCAUCACAACUGUAAACUGCUCGUCUACAGAUAACGCUGAAAACACUGGCAAUUGCACUUUCUUAGUUACAGUCACAGAUGACGAAGCACCUACUCUAAAUUGUUCAGAUAUCACUUCCACGACGGAUUUGGGACUAAAUUCAUCGUCGGACGUUGAUAUCAUGCCAUAUGCAACUGACAAUGUUGAUACAGAUCCUAAUGUGACCUGUUCCUAUUCAUCUGACCAUGAAUUCCUGAUCGGCAUCACAACUGUAACCUGCUCGUCUACAGAUAACGCUGAAAACACUGGCAAUUGCACUUUCUUAGUUACAGUUACAGAUGACGAAGCACCUACUCUAAAUUGUUCAGAUAUCACUUCCACGACGGAUUUUGGACUAAAUUCAUCGUCGGACGUUGAUAUCAUGCCAUAUGCAACUGACAAUGCUGAUGCAGAUCCCAAUGUUACUUGUUCCCAUUCAUCUAAACAUGAAUUCCUGAUCGGCAUCACAACUGUAACCUGCUCGUCUACAGAUAACGCUGAAAACACUGGCAAUUGCACUUUCUUAGUUACAGUCACAGAUGACGAAGCACCUACUCUGAAUUGUUCAGAUAUCACUUCCACGACGGAUUUGGGACUAAAUUCAUCGUCGGACGUUGAUAUCAUGCCAUAUGCAACUGACAAUGUUGAUACAGAUCCUGAUGUGACCUGUUCCCAUUUAUCUGACCAUGAAUUCCUGAUCGGCAUCACAACUGUAACCUGCUCGUCUACAGAUAACGCUGAAAACACUGGCAAUUGCACUUUCUUAGUUACAGUCACAGAUGACGAAGCACCAACUCUAGAUUGUUCAGAUAUCACUUCCACGACGGAUUUUGGACUAAAUUUAUCGUCGGACGUUGAUAUCAUGGCAUAUGCAACUGACAAUGUUGAUACAGAUCCUAAUGUGACCUGUUCCCAUUCAUCUGACCAUGAAUUCCUGAUCGGCAUCACAACUAUGACGAAGCACCUACUCUGA